AUGGACGACGACAGCGUUGAAUUGUUGUUUUUCGACACAUUUUCCCAUGCAACGGCUAACGAUGGCACUGGAAACAUGGACCUCGUUCAAUUCCCGCAGCCGGUGGAAGUGUCAGAAGUCCGGGUGAUCCCUUUGGGUUGCCGCGUUCAAGCAGAUUUCCCUGGAGGACAUCCACGGCUCGGCGCAACCAAUCCAUCGGAGUUCCAGCUCGAAUUCUUCGUGAACGAUCUCUCAAGACGGAAUGCGUCGACCUUUGUUCAACUUGGGGAGCUCGAUUUCGGGCGGGAUGAGAUUCGUUUCUGCCCGAGCCGUGUGCCAACAGACGGCCUGCUGAUAAAGGGUCGCUACAACACGAUCACCUUGGCUGUUUAUGGCAAUACGACGACUCUCGAAGCUGAACUCACUCCCCCGCCUGCCCAGCAGCAAGCGACGGCCCCUAUCAGAAACGAUCAUGGAGGCCACCACCCUUCCCAUCGUCAUCAUCACCCAAGUCAUGCUCCCGUCGAAGUGCCGUUGGAAUGGAGUGCCGAGGCUGACACGCCGCCAGUCGAUGUCCGUCAGCAGCAUCAUCAUUACAAAGAAAUUCUCAACAAAAGUCCCGAGAAGAAAGAGCUGAGGAAGGACAUCCUCGUGGUCGCGAGAGAUGAGCCAAUCGUAAAAGAGAAUUCCAAAGUAGACGAAAGAUUCACGCCACCGGGUGCGAAGAAGAGGCGGAGACCGCAGACGCCGCCGAUGCCCCCGAUCGAAUCGUCGAGGAAGUCGCCUUCUCCGCCGAUCAGGAGCAACAGAUCGGAAAUAUCUUCGAGACACGACCGUCCCGACAGCCGGACACGGAGGGAUCGGGACGAGCAAUUCCGUCGACGGAGCGGUAGUUUCGAGAGAGACGAUAAAGUACAAUCGAAGCAAUCGGUUAUAUCAAUGAAGAAGUCCCGAGACAAGGAGAGGGAACGGAGACCGCUUUCGCCCCCGAAGAAAAUCGAGCGCUCCUGGAGCGAAUCUCCACGUUCCGCACCCGAGGACGAGUUGGAGGAAAUCUCGUCGGAGGACGAGCUCUUGGACCCGACGAACCUGCGCGCGGAAGAGUCGCCGUCCGAGAGUCCGUCCGCGGUCAGUCCCGACGUGCGCGAAUUCAUAUUCGACGUGAGGCAGCAAUUGCUCGAGGAGGUGAUGUGUCCGUCGUUUCUGGCAGAGAAAUCUUACCUGCCCCAGGGCCUAGACGCCGACAAGAUGUCGGAACUGGUACAACGCGUGGAGAACGAAGGAGAACUGCUCAAGGGAGAGAAAUUCGUUCUGGCGAUGGAAGACGCCGCCAGUCUGUUCGGGGAGAAUUCCAAGUUCGAGACUCUGGCAACGGACGUCCAAUUCGCUCUGGUCGAUUGGUGUCGUGACGGUCUCGACUUCGAUCUCGCAAUGCAGCAAACACAGCCCGCAUUCAAGGUCCGACAUCUUAAGGCAGGGCUGCGUUUAACUGUCGCAAUUAUGGGGAGCUGUGGUGAAGACACAGUGAAAGAAUUUCUCAGGACCAGUACUGCCGGCUUCCACUUCAUGGAACUACUUCUUAAACCUCACAUGACAUUGCCCUUAAAGCUCCAUCUUGUUAGGUGUCUCGACAUGCUGUCGCAUUUCCAGUGCGGCAUCCACUAUCUUCUGUUUUCGAACUUCAAGCUGGCGUUCGAUUCCACGGAGAAAAUCGAGAACCAUACGUGUUAUCAGUCGAUCGUGAAGUUUGUCUUGGCGAGACCGACCGCCCGACUCUGUCAAGCGCUGUCCGCCUUGAUGCGACGGCUCCAUUUGUGUGAAUCGUGUGCCGCUCUACGCAGUACGACGAUCGAUCUCAUUAAAAGUGCGCCGGGUAUGGAGCCGUCGCUAGAGGAAGCGACCACCAUGAUCAAAGAAGUCUUAAUCACGCACCAGGAAGCACGCAGUAUCUUGGCACAAUACGUCCGGAACCUGCCUGCCCGGAACAAAUUGGAUACACCCAAGCCGGCGGUGAAUCCCUACAUCGGCCUGUAUGCCAUGUACAGAUACUCGAGACUCAUCGAAUCGUGCAGUGUGCUCUCAGCUCGGAGCAAGAAAUUCCAGAGAACGUUUGAGCUGUUUUUGAAAGAAAUCAUGAAAGACAUCGAGGGUUGUGUAUAUCUAUUGAGGACACCAGCAUCCCUGAAGCUACUGGAGAAAUUGUUCCCAUCGGUGUCGGCCACGCUGCGCUCGAUCUGCUUGAUCAGCAUCGUGUUCGAAAACACGCCGAAGGAUUCACUCGACGAAUUUCAAGGCGGAGCCGACCAGAACGAAAUGCUCGUCCAGGCUUUGCAUCGUCUCGCGUGUUUCACGCUGGAACGAUCUGAGCCCCGGUUCGCCCAGGGUCUGGUUCACGCUUUGACGCUCAACGACAACUUGAAGUGCAUCCUGCAGUUCCUCCAGAAGAAGAAUGGUCAACUCGUAAUCAAAAGCUCGGUGUGCUACGGAUACUCGGUGAUCCUGCUGAAAACUGUUAUACAAACCGCCGUUCUUUCAAAUGAAUUCCUCGAGAAAUACCUCAGCACGUUGGUCGAGCUCUCAGAGAACAGCACCAAACUCGAAUCGAUCGCCCCUUGGCUCGAACCGGUCUUGAAUCUCCAGUAUCCUUUGGACAGCAACUGCGUGGCCUCAUUGGUCGAAUCUGUGAAAAAUUACGUCGAAGACAACGCUCUGCUAUGUCCUCAGAUCAUCACUGCCGUACAAACGUUACGAACCGUCUGUGGCUGUCCGGACGUCACGAAAGAAUUCAUUACGCUCAAGGAUCGCUAUAUCUUGCGGGAGCUGUACGCGCAAGACGGCCUAGCUGUGAUGUGUGAGCUCUUGGAGAAGCUCUGUGAGCACUUCUGCGAUCCCCUCGUUAUCAAGUUGGAGUUUAGUUCGAAAAUGAAGGUCACCCGAGUGUUGCAAGUGACAACACCCGCCCUGGAGAUGGUCUGUUUGAUACUGAAGUUAGUGAUUGGCUCGCAAGAAGCUGACUUCAACGAUCUGACACCGAUCCCUAUCCUGCUUAACGUGUAUCAAUUGCUUUGGUGUCUCGGCCAGUAUCAGCUGUCUGUACUCGUGGUAGAUACGUUGCUCGCGUACACUCAACCGAUUCGUUACGGCAACGAAACCGAACAAGUGCUCAACAAGAGUCUCUGGACACAGAUGCUCAAGGCCGUUGUUUGCAAUAUCCGUCACGGACCGAAGUGUUUCGGUGUGACCCUGCAGAUCCUUUGCGAGUUCCUCCCGCUGCCCUUGCCGAUGAAGGUGGGAAGGCAGUUCGAGGAGAAAGACGCCGUGGUGCUCAUCAACAAACGCAAGCUCUGGACCGUUUAUCUGUACCAAUGCCAAGAAGAGCUCCUAGAACUCUACCAAUGUCUGGGUACAUCUGCGGACCUCAACGUUAUCCGCCUGCUGGAGACCCUCACCAUCCAGAUGUGCGACCUGAGCGCCCCAUGUUGCCAAAUGGUCCUCAAUAUCGUAUCUCAGAGCAUCGCGAAUUUCCCGAAGGAGAUCGACCAGCAGUAUCUUCAAGGAUACUUGAGCAUUCUCUCGAAUCUGUGCGAUAACCAUCUGGCGUCUGCCCUCGGCGUCCUAGCCUUGUACGCCAACUCGGAAUCACCGUGCAACCCGUUGCAGUUGGCGGUGUCUCUCCUCGGGGAAACAUCCUCGGAUGAUGUAGCUUGGUCCUGCAUCCGAUUCAUUCAGAGUGUUCUCAUGAAAGCCACGAAGUAUUCCCAAAAAUCCUUGACGGCAGCCCUGCUCAAGGUCAUCCUGUCCCAUGCCGGAAGUGAAAAAUGUCGGCCCGCAGCUAUUCUGGAAGCGAUUCGAUGCGUGGUCACGCUGAAGUCAGAGGCUACGGUCCCUCACAUCACUGAAAUUAUUGAGGACAACAUCAUUCUUGUGUAUAAAGUAAGCGCUCAAUUGGCUUCGAAGUUCUCGCCAGACUCUCAGGACUGUGUCAGCGCCCUCUUCAGUCUAGUGGAACUAUUGAAAAAAUUGAGCGAGAACGCGCUCAACCAGUUGAUCGCCAUGGAGGAACGUUCGAAGCAUCCUCUGACCCUGCUCAAAUUGAAACUCCAAGCUUCAUCGGUGGAAGAGUUCGCAGACACCUUUGAUGUGCUCGAGACAUUCCUAGAAACGCACCAGAAUAACGAUAUUGCCAAUGCGGAUGUGGAAUCGACUCCCGCUCUCGAGCCGUUCCCCGCAGAAGUUCACCCCCAGCUGAGUUUUUCCGAGGUGUACGGCAUCGAACGCACUGUUUACGUCUAUGAAGAGGUAUCAGACGAUGAGUCCACCGAUUCCUCACCGAUGUUCAACACGCCGGCGGAUCUGGAUGACUACGAAAGCGACUGCGCGAUUGUCAAGGACGAAGCGUUGGUCGAGAUAGAUCUCGUUGACAUAUCGGAGAUGUGCACGAUGUCCGAGCUGAGUCUCCGAGCCGAACUGGAAAAGCUCUUGUCGCGUAUCAUCAAACAGGAGAUGUCACUGUUCCUCCCAAAACACCACAGAACGCAAUCGGUUUCGGAAGAAGUGAAGAAGCCGUUCGUUGCACCCAUGAGAGCCAGUGUGGCUCCUGUGAUGACACGCCAGUCACGAGCAAACGAUCCCUUCCGGUCGCGGCCCCCGAACACCUCGAGACCACCUUCGAUGCACGUUGAUGAUUUCGUAGCUAUGGAAAGCUCCUCCCGGGGCAUUCACCGUCAGGAAAGGACCAGGAGCCGGGGUUCCCGGACCAAUUGGCCGUCGGGCAGUCAGCGUCAUUUUUGAACCUGUUUAUUGAUUCCGGUUGUCCGGUCGAGGGAACGAUGACGACGACGACGACGAUGAAGAUCUCUCCAGUUGACUGUGUUUAUUAUGAUAAUUUUGUUUUUUUAUCUAUUCCGCUGAGUGGUCUAUGCCGUGGACUGCGUUGUGGAAUCGUUCUUCCAUAGAGGGCGUAAAUCUUGUGAGAAUGUUCAGCCGCCGAAUUUCAAACCUCAGCCGCUGCCCCGAUAUCGAGCUUGGGAUAGGAUAACAUCUAUAAAUUAUAGGCACUCGACCCCGAUCGAAAUGGAGAUCUUAUGCGCACCGAGAUCAUACCUCAUACGAAUAUUGAGAUAUGUACAGAAAACGGAUGGCUGGAAACAUAAGCUGAUAAUAGGAACAA